CGAGUGACGGUAUGCUACAGUUCAACUAGACAAAAGCAGCAAAGAGAAGGGGCACUGGCGCGUUAAAGACAAUAGAAAAAGAGUUGACUUGAUUUACCGAUAGCGACAUUAAUUUAAUCGUUUUUCUUUAAUUUUCCUUGUCUUCUGUCUUUUUCGUUUCUUUUAUUUCUUCUUUUACCAAUAUUCUUUUUACUAAUUGUGAAAAAAUCGUGAAAAUAAUCGUAUUUUUUCUCGUGGUGCAUUGUUUUCGUUGAAAAAAGAAAAAUAAGUUCUUUCGACGAAAGUUCGAGUGUCCUGUCAAAUUUCUUCCAAGGAAAAAUGACGAAAUACGAGAUGUGUGUUAAAUCACGUCCACUGAUGAUUCUUCUGGUCCUUAGCGUUCUCAUGAUGGUUCUGAUACCCGAACCAACCGAAGCUAGACCUUCUGGUAUCAUCAGCAGACGCAAGAGAAUUUCGGAUCAGAGACUCGCCGAAUUGGAAACGUUAGUGGCAUUAUCAAAUAUGAAGGGCAGAAUGAUAACAGUACCUGUUGGACUUGGCAUUAUCGAUCCUGCAAAAAUGACGGACAUACAAUUAAGAGUUAACGCAAAUAGAGAAAAUUACGAUACGAGGGUAGGCGUCGCAUUACGUGGAAGGAUAAUAAGAAUUAGUAUCUUGCCAGCCAAAUAACAUUCUGAGACAUCGAAGGCACAACGCGAAAGGAGUGAUGAAGUAUUUAACGAACUGAUAACGCGUCUGCUACGUGUAAUGUAUGUCAACUGAAACUUUCUGCGAGAAAGAGUAAGGGUAAGAGAGAGAGAGAGAAAGAGAGAAGAGAUAAGUAGGAGUAUAGAAGUAAAGGGGCGAAGAAAAUGCAGCUACUGGUAAUGGAGUCUCUAACAGAGUUACCUCUGCUUCGAAUACUCUCCGAACGUGUUUCUAUUCAAUGCCUAUAACUCGUAGUAUGCAUUCACGAAAGAAAACGAGAAAGAUAGAGAGAGAGAGGUAACAUGAAUUUGCUUAUCCUAUCAUUGGCAUUCUUUUUCCAAUAGAAGACGCCUGAAUAUCACGAUUUCAUAAUGAAAUUACUUGCGUUAUACUAGAGAGAAAGAAAAUAGAUUGUAUGCGCGUUCCUAUUUCUUCUACUUCUACUAUUUCUUCUUCUUCUUCUUCUUCUCGUUUCCACUUGAUUUUUUCAAUUCAAUUGGGAAAGUCUGCAAUUUCCCAUAGAUCUAACGUAGAAUAUUAUAUUGCAUUUUUCAUCAGGAUAAAAUGUCGAGCAACUACUUCCUCUUAUCUCAUAUACGAAUCAAGGAAAUAUGAUUUUCUUUCAUGUGAUAUAUCUUCCAUUCGAAGUAAUACACUUGUUUGAUAUUAACGUAGGAGAUAUAAUGAAAAAGGAAGAUAAAAGAGGAAAAAGAAAACUGAAGAAAACAAAACUCCGGUCUGUGUCGCUAUAAGGCUUUUUAUAGAUUCUAAAAAUUUCACAAUAUAUGUCUUCCGAGAAUUGAUAUCAUUCCUCUGGGUUUCGUGAAUUUAAUUCGUCCGAUAUUGUCACAUUUCCGAAGGAAAUUAAAUUACAUAGAUAUUAUAAGAAUAAACCCAUAAUGAUACGAAAGACGCAUAUGUAAGACAAUGACGUGUGAACUUUUCGUGUUACAUCAUAUUUAUAUUAUCAAGUUAAUGAUAUUUCUGCAUCGCUUUCGAACUUUGAAGUAGUACAAUUCUGUCCUUUGUUUUUGUGUAUUCGUUUAUAAAUCGAAAAAAGAAGAAAAAGAAAGAAAAAGGGAAAAAGAAUGAAAUAGAAAGAAAUAAUUUAGCCCCAAUAUUGACCGUUGAUAAGUAUAUUAUACAUUUUAACAAAAUUAAACACGUUUCUCUUGGCUACACAAAUUUCAAUCAUGAAUAAUUCGAGUUUAGAAAUUCUUAACGAUCGUAUGAUUAGGACGACCCCAUCGCGGACACGUCAUCUUCUUCAUUUUGACAUGAAAGUUACGCGUGAUCUCUUGCCUCUCUCUCUCUCUCUCUCUCUCUCUCUCUCUCUCUCUCUCUCUCUCUCUCUCUCUCUCUCUCUAUGUCUUAUUCUCUUUUUUUCUUCAGCUCUUUCUAUAACAUUCAUUUUUAUGCUGAAAAGCACAUUGACUGGUAUCCGUUAAUCUCGAACGUGUAUAACGACAUACAUUGUCAAUGUUUUUCGAUUAUAUUAUAAAUCUAAAUAUAGAUCGUAGAUAUUAGUUAAAAAUGUUCGCAAAAUAUCGAUCUAUCUAGAUUUCAUCGAUCGAAUGACUUCUUUUAUUAUCGCUCUUCAUCGUUUUAGAAAAAAAAAAAGAUAAAAGUAUGAAGCGAUCGUCCAUAUCGUUUCAUCUAUAAUUAAUCGCUAAAUAAUUAAACGUCUCUUAUAUUCGAGAAUUAGAAUUAAAAUGAUUAAUUACGAGAUAAAAAUGUUCGACUAUUCGAACUGUACUACAUGGCACGUGUUGAGAAAAGAAAGAAGGGUCUCUCAAACAUCGUUAAUUUUGUAAUAAUAAAGCAUUUUUGCAAAUGAACUUGCUUAAUUACUCGUUGUUUCUACUUUUUUUUUCUCU